CGAGGUGAAUUGGUUACAGCCAGUAUUUGUUUCAUUGCAGGUUUCUGAUUACUUCCUGCCCAGUACCUAUGAAUCACUUCCAUGGCAAAUACAAAUAAUGUGACCGAGUUAAUCAUCACCGGCCUUUUCCAGGACCCAGAGGUGCAGAGAGUGUGCUUUGUGGUGUUUCUUCCUGUGUACAUGGCCACGGUGGUGGGCAAUGGUCUCAUCGUUCUGACGGUCAAAGUCAGUAAGAGGCUGCAUUCCCCCAUGUACUUCUUCCUUAGCUACCUGUCCCUGGUGGAGAUCACUUACUCCUCCACUGUUGUCCCUAAGUUCAUCACAGACUUACUUGCCAAGAUUAAAACCAUCUCCCUGGAGGGCUGUGUGGCUCAGAUAUUCUUCUUUCACUUCUUUGGAGUUACUGAGACCUUCUUGCUCACAGUAAUGGCCUAUGACCGCUAUGUGGCCAUCUGCAAACCCCUUCACUACACAACCAUCAUGAGCCGGCCUGUGUGUCACCGUCUGGUGGCUGGUUCCUGGCUGGGGGGAUUUUUUCACUCUAUGGUGCAGAUUGUUGUCACUCUCCAAUUAUCCUUUUGUGGUCCCAAUGUGAUUGACCACUACUUCUGUGACCUCCAUCCCUUAUUCAAGCUUGCCUGCGCUGACACCUCUGUGGAGGGGCUUAUUGUGUUGGUCAACAGUGGAUUAUUCUCUAUCUUCUCCUUCCUUCUCCUGGUGUCCUCCUAUGUUGUCAUCCUGGUCAACCUGAGGAACCACUCAGCAGAGGGAAGACGCAAAGCGCUCUCCACCUGUGCCUCUCACAUCACAGUGGUCAUGUUGUUCUUUGGUCCUGCCAUCUUCCUCUACAUGCGACCACCCUCCACCUUCACUGAGGACAAACUGGUGGCCGUGUUCUACACAGUGGUCACUCCCAUGCUGAACCCCAUCAUUUACACACUCAGAAACGCAGAGGUGAGAAUCGCCAUGAGGAGGUUGUGGGGUAAGAAAGUGAAUUCAGGAGUGGAAUAAAAAUGAAAAUCUGAAAAAGCUCCCCAAUAAGCCUGAGCAGUAAUGACAGAAGAAACACUACUUAAAGUCAUA